ACAUCGCAUGCUAAGAUCUUGGCAGCUACCUUCUCUUUACUCCUGAACCACAAAAACAUCUUCAGAGAUGGAUGGAGCUUGGGUCUACCUCGUGACAGGAGGAUGUGGUUUCAUUGGGGAGAAGAUCGUAGAGCUCCUGUCUCAACAAGACUACAUCAAAGAAGUCAGAGUCUUUGAUUCAGUAGCAAGAGAAGAAGUAGAAAAAUUCACCACAGCCACCACCCGUGUGACAGUGAUGGAAGGAGAUGUUCAGGACUACAAUCUGCUCCUCGCCGCCAUGCGGGGCGUGCACGUGGUUAUCCACACAGCUGCUGUUGUGGACUACAGAAACACUGUGCCCUUUUGGGAAAUGAAAGCUGUCAACGUUGAGGGUACUGAGAAUGUGCUAAGGGCCUGCUGCACCUUGAACGUCCCAUAUGUUGUCUACACAAGCUCCAUUGCUGCAGUGGGACCCAAUACAUCGCAUGAACCCAUGUUCAGAGGAAACGAGGACACCAAAUACAGCGGGGAGGUAGAGCUGCCUUAUGGGAAGACAAAGGCCAUGGCAGAAAAACUCAUACUUGAAGCCAAUGGAAAAGAGCUGAGCAAUGGCAGUAAACUCACAACCUGCAUCAUCCGAGCAAAUACGGUGUAUGGGGAGAAAGCAGCGUUUCUUCGAGAGCUGUAUUUAGUUGCCAAAGCCAGAAAUGGUGUGUUGGACUACCUAGAGCCUGAAAACACGGAGCGUAACUACACAUACGUGGGAAAUGUUGCAUGGAUGCAUGUUCUUGCAGCAAGGAACCUGCAGCUGAAACCAGACUUACUCGCCGGACAAGUGUACUAUUCCUAUGAUGACACUCCAACCAGGAAAGGUUUCCUGAUCAGGCACCAGUUGCUCUCUGCUAUGGAUCCCUCCGUACAGCUGGGCUCACACAUCCCUUACUGGAAGAUGUGGCUAAUGAUACAGUUCUACAGGGUAAUCAAAACCAUUUUGUACCCUUUCUGGAAGCCACGGCCUUUCCUAAACUUGCCUAUACUGAAUGUGAUAGUCACCACCUUCUCCUACAAGACAGACAAAGCCUCCAGGCAUUUUGGGUACAAACCCCUCUUCACCUGGCAAGAGAGCAAGCGCAGAACGGCACAGUGGCUGAAAUCAGUUGCCGGGCACCCAGAACCCCCGCACGAAAAGAAGAACUAACCAGUGUGAGAGAAAGCUUAUCACAUCAGGUUUCAUCUGAACUUCACGACAUGCCCAGGUCUUUAGCAGAAAUAUUGGAAACACCAAGGAAUCCUGGUAGAGAGACGGAGCAGAACUCUCGGGCUGCGAGGACACUCCUGCUAUGCCAACAACUCGGCUAUUUUUAGUGUCACGUGAAACACCAGGGCACAUUUGAAAGCAUCCUCCAGCAGGUCAGUGCACACAGACGCAGGGCCGGUUGGGCUCAGCCUUCCCUCGGUGCCACCCACGGUGGGAACAAGAGAGAAGGUGCACAGCAAACCCCAUUUUGAUAAAACGAGUUAACGGGUUUUGUUCCACAGCCUGGUGAGCCCCAUACCCAGCAAAUGGACCUCUCCCUCACCGUGGUCCUGGGCAUGGUGGGACAGCUGUACCCAUCUCACACACUCAGGAGGCCUUCAAGGGUAACUUUGGGGAAGACAAGAAAAGCCCAGCAAGUUCUGCCUCUGUUCUAGGGUUCAAUACAAAGAAUAAAGGAUUCUCUUUUCCAGUGUGACCUUUUUCAAGAUGCUUCCUGUUAUUCUUAACAUGUGGAAUAUUGCAUCUGUUUUGAAAUAUUAUCCCUACAAUAAGAAACUUCCAGUCUCUUGUGCUAACCAUGUAUAGGCUGACUCGCUUUCUGACUGUGUGGAUGGAUAACUGACACCUACGAGAUUAGAGGAGGGGUUCAUAUAGUUUGUAACUCAAAUUCUUUUACUUUCCAGCACUCUAGCAGCAAAGCAAAAUGAAUGGCUGUUUAUCAGCUCCUCUAUUUCUAAGACGCACAGGGAUACUGGUAAACCUACAGUAAGCACAACAGAGAUUUUUGGUUUCACUGGAGCUUGGAGGAACGGGCUAUUCUUACAACACUGGCUCAAAUCUGAAGUUAAUUCUGUUGGUAUCAGCCUGCUGUACCCUGUGAACAUGUACCCAUCUCUCAAGUUUUCCUACACUAAAAGUGUCCAUAUGCACAAAUAAAAGCUUAUAUUAAUUACAAGUGCUCCAAUCCUCCAGGAAAAAGCAAGUUUCAGCCUGACAUCCAUGAUAGAAAUGAUCAAAAUUCACUUCUUGUUAGUCAUAGCAAUUACCCAGGAAGGAAAGCGAAGCAAUACUGGGUGAGUUGCCAAGUCAACUUCACCAAAAUUCACACUUGUAAGAGAAUUCUUUGCAAAACGAGCUUACAAACCAAAAAGCAUUUGCUCUGGUAAUUCAUUAAGAAUUUCGUGUAAGCAACAAAUUUGGGCGGAAACUACUGAAAUCUGCUCAUAGAGAAUUUGGGAUGGUGAGGUCAGUUAUCUGUUCAACAAGGUUGACUUUGACAAUGGUUUAAUGACCUCGAUAGGUUUCAUGACCUCGACAGGUUUAAUGCCUCGGAAGCCUUGGUUUUCUCUUGCCAAGAAAGAGCCACUGGGUGGAGCUGCAAGGCUGCGAGACAGGUACCUUCCCCUCAGGGGAUGGAGUGGUGCAAGGCUCGUGCUUUAGCUGUUGUUCUAGAGGCUGAUGGAUGGGCUGGGCGGGUCUGGCCAUCCAGGUUUGUCCUCACUCUGUGGCACUGGGAGUUCUGGACUUCCCUUGGCUGGCUGCAGUCAUUAUUUUAUCUUGGUGUAGGCAUGUAAUCAAAGAGACGGAGGAAAUUAGUUUUCCACUCAGAACUCGUUAGAAAAGAAUAAAAGUUUGCUUUCUAUUUUUAAAAAUAAAAUUAAGUGUGGCACUCCGACCUUUGAGAAAGCUCGUCUGAGAGCAAGAGCUGACACUUUCAGUCCCAUUCAGAGCCCUUGGUCCAUUCCUUUGCAGGAUUUGGAGCUGCGGAAGGUAUCAGAUGGGCCAGUUGUCAAGACUCAAUGCUAUCCUGAAGAUCAAUGCUUUAUAAGCUUGCCUGCUCCCACAAACCUUGCUGGGAACCUCAUCAUCCUUUUGUUCCUGUCCUGUUCAUCAUCACCUAGGAUUCUGAUGCUUAUCAGGAUGCAGAUGACACGCAGGAUAAGGAGCAGGGAUUGUUAGAGCUAGUUGAGGGCAGGCUUUUUCUAAAGAAUCUGAAUUAGUUGGCUGCUUAGCUUUUAUU